AUGAGUGGUGACAGAUCCUCCCACACAGAGGAGGAGGUGUUCCGGGGAUAUGAGGUCCUCAGAACCCUUGGCAAGGGUAGCUUUGGCAAGGUGAAGCUGGCCCGCCAUAUGGAGAGUGGGACCAUGUUGGCUGUGAAGAUCAUUGCCAGAGGGCACGGGGAUUCCUCUGAAUCCCCACAGGCAAGGGUAGAAGCAGAGAUUAUGAAUUCUCUGCAUCACCCUCACAUUGUGCAGCUAAUGCAGGUAGACUACACUGUGGAAAAAGCCUACCUGUUCAUGGAGUAUAUUAGCGUGGGAGACCUUGGAAAGUUAGUGGCAGUGCGCGGCCACCUUCAGGAACAAGAAGCGUGUUGGUAUUUCAGUCAGACCCUAGAAGCUAUGGAGUACUGCCAUAAGCAGCACAUUGUCCACAGAGAUAUAAAAUUAGAAAAUCUCCUUGUGGACAGAAACAUGUGCAUUAAACUAAUUGACUUUGGCUUAAGCAAGAGGCUGACUGAAGGCCAACAACUCAAUUCAUUGUGUGGCAGCCUUGAAUACUGUGCCCCGGAAGAAUUCUUAGGAAAAGAAUUCGAUGGAUAUAAGGCUGACGUGUGGAGCCUGGGUGUGCUCCUAUACACCAUGGUGAAAGGGUGGCUGCCCUUUGAAGGAGAGAGCUUUGUGUGCCUGAAGGAAGCCAUCCUGGCUGGCUCUUACGUAAUCCCCUCCUCUAUAAGCGGAGAACUGGAGCAGCUGCUGGACUGGCUGAUGACCUGUGACCCUGCUGAGAGGCCCACGGUGGCAGAUGCUAUGGGCCACAAGUGGCUCCACAUGGAGCAGAAAGGGCCCAAACUGAGUGAAGACGCAGCCGAACACUCUCUGAGUUCAACCGAGGACGAGGACCUCAGUGGAAGUGUGGAGAGCCUGAGCUCUCAGGAGGGCCUCAGAGAACAGGACGGCCCCCUGUGGGGACAAGCCCAGCUAAAGGCUUCCCUCAGAGGAGAAGGAAGUGAAAUGUACAUGGGGUUCCCAGGUCCUUCGCAUGUUACUGAAGGUCCGAAAUACUGCUCAGGCCUCCUCUUCCAGCUGGGCCGUGAGGAGGAGGAUGGCUGCUGGUGCCCUGCUCUGAGCUGGGGGAAAUCCCAGGAGGGCUUCAGUGGAGCAGCAAGACCUGAGCUCACUGAAGUGGAGCUUCUAGCAUCUCCGGAGGAUGCUGAGGCCCAAAACUACCUGGUGGAGCUGGGCUUUCAGCUGAGCCAUAAAGCAGCCUCCCUGACACCCAGUCUCCAAGCCAGCGUCAUGUCCCUAGUGCUGCCUGAAGGUGACCAGUCGUCAGGGCUAAAUGCCUGCCAUGGAGCCUGCAGGAUGGACGGUUCCCCACCUGGCAUGAUGAUGAUCCACACUCCUCACCCAGUCCUCAGGUACAACAGCGCUGUGUCCUCUGUGUCCACUCUCAGCACCAGCAGCAGUGAGACCUGCAGGUCAGAUAGUCCCCACCCUGUCAUAAGGAGGAGGACCUACAUUCCUGGGCCAGUCCUCAGCUACAACAGCUCCUUGUCCUCCAUAGCCACUAUCAGCGUCACCAGCAGUGAGGCUGAGAGGACAGAUGGUCCCCAACCUGGGAUAAGGAGGAAGACCUACAUUCCGUGGCCAGUCCUCAGGUACAACAGCCCUGUGUCCUCCAUAUCCACUCUCAGCUCCAGCAGCAGUGAGGGCUACUUAGCAGACAGGAGCUGUUCCCAGGGAGUGGCAGAGAAUGAGAGCCUCCCAGAAAACCAACAGGACGAGGAGGCGGGGACCUUGCCUGCUAAAGCUGCCAAGAGCAAGGGCUGCUGGGGGGUCUGCAGGAGGAUCCUGAACUGCCUUCUGCGAGUGUGCUGUAUCCUGCCAGACCCAGAGGAAGACCUCUGA